GGUAUAAAACCUGGUUGGGGGUUGAACUACUGUUUGCUUUGAUUCAGACUCACAGAUGCCAAGCACUACAACGGACCAGGAGUACUCUUUUUUUUGCUCCUUUUUAAUUUCUUCUUAAAGUCAUAUUGAUGAGAAAGGAUACCGAGAGAUAUUCAGGAAAACGGUUGUGACGAGCUUGGCCGUCCUCUGUGAGCUCCAGAGGAAAGCGCGAUGGCGGUUUCCACUCAAUUGGGCUUACUGCUUUGGAAGAACUUCACCUACCGAAGAAGACAAACUAUUCAACUGCUGAUUGAGAUUAUCUGGCCCCUCUUCAUCUUCCUCAUUCUCAUCUCAGUUCGAAUGCACUAUCCACCAUACGAGCAGCAUGAGUGUCACUUCCCAAACAAAGCCAUGCCUUCAGCAGGCACUCUGCCCUGGGUACAAGGAAUCGUCUGUAAUGCCAACAACCCCUGCUUCCGUCACCCAACCCCAGGAGAGAGUCCUGGGGUGGUGGGUAACUUCAACGAUUCUAUAAUCUCACGACUGAUUUUUGAUGCCAAGAAGAUCCUUCUGUACACUCAAAAUGAUAAAAGUUACGAAGGCUACCGAGGACUGCUGAGGGCCCUCCACAAGCUGCAGAAAAACACUGCCGGUUUCAAACUGAAGGACUUUUUGCGGGACAAUGAAACCCUCUCCCACUUCUUGCAUCACAACGCCUCACUUCCUCGCCAUGCAUUAAAGCAAAUAGUGGAAGCUGAUGUCAAUCUGGAAAAGGUUCUGACAAAAGGUUUUGGCUUUCACCUAAGAGACCUUUGCAAUGUAACACCACUGGAGGAGUUUGUGCAUAUUGCUGACCGCAAUGUUUCCCGUCUCACGCAAGAAAUAAUUUGUAAAUCCUCCAGAGACUGGCUGAACAAGGCCCAGAGCCAUUUCCUGUCAAACUUGGACUUCCUCAAGCCAAUUCGGAAAGAUGUAAAGUCGGAUCCCAAAGUUGUUCAGGAAGUCUCCGCUGCCACAGAUUAUCUUCUGGAGAGCCUGGGAGAGCUUGCCGUGGAGCUUGCUAGCAUGAAGAGUUGGAAAGAUAUGCGCAAGGAGAUCCUUUAUCUGACUGCCAAUGCCACGGGCUCUCCGAAUCAGAUGUACCAAGCUGUAUCACGUAUUGUCUGCGGCCACCCAGAAGGAGGCGGCCUCAAAAUUAAGUCUCUCAAUUGGUAUGAGGAUAACAACUACAAGGCUCUGUUUGGAAACCAUGGCAAUGACAGCGACAAUGAGCCCCUUUCCAGCUAUGACAACUCAUCCACUCCUUAUUGCAACACCAUGAUGCGAAGACUUGAGUCCAGCCCCAUUUCGAGGAUGAUAUGGAGAGCCCUGAAGCCUCUGCUUGUGGGAAAAAUCCUGUACACUCCAGAUACUCCAGCUACACAGAGAAUAAUCCAUGAGGUUAACAAGACCUUCCAGGAGCUCGGCCUGUUGAGGGACCUUGGUGGAAUGUGGGAUGAGAUGAAGCCCAAAAUCUGGAACUUUAUGGAGAAGAGCGAAGAAAUGGAUUUAGUCAGGACGCUGCUCCAAAAUAACGCCAGUGCCAGUUUCUUGAACACCCAACUCAGUGACACUGAGUGGCGGGUGUCCGAUGUGUCACGCUUCCUUUCCAAAUCUUCAGAUGACCAAAAAUCAGCAGGAUCACUAUACACUUGGAGGGAUGUCUUCAAUGAAACUGACCAGGCCAUCCAGACCAUCACACGCUUCAUGGAAUGCGUGAACCUUGACAAACUGGAACCAGUGGCAAACGAGGAGCGCUUGGUGAACAAAUCCAUGGGUCUGCUUGACAACCAGAAGUUCUGGGCAGGCAUUGUGUUCCCUGACAUCGCCCGUAGCAACAGCUCUGAGCUUCCUCCCAAUGUGAACUACAAAAUUCGCAUGGACAUCGACAAUGUUGAGAGGACAAACAAAAUCAAGGAUGGCUACUGGGACCCCGGUCCCAGGGCCGACCCUUUUGAGGACUUGCGCUACAUCUGGGGCGGAUUCUCCUACCUGCAAGAUGUGAUUGAACAGGGAAUUAUCCGAGCUGUGACAGGCAGCAAAGAAAAGACAGGCAUUUACAUUCAACAGAUGCCCUACCCUUGCUACGUAGAUGACAUCUUUCUGCGGGUGAUGAGUCGAUCAAUGCCGCUUUUCAUGACAUUGGCAUGGAUGUACUCGGUGGCCAUUAUCAUCAAGGGCGUGGUGUAUGAAAAGGAGGCCCGACUUAAGGAGACUAUGAGGAUCAUGGGGCUCAACAACGGCAUCUUGUGGCUCAGCUGGUUCAUCAGCAGUUUGAUUCCACUGCUGAUUAGCGCUGGCUUAUUGGUUCUGUUGUUGAAGACCGGCAACUUGCUGCCUUACAGCGAUUCUGGCGUGGUUUUCCUUUUCCUGAGCUCAUUCGGCGUGGUAACCAUCAUGCAGUGCUUCCUUAUCAGCACAUUGUUCUCUCGUGCCAAUUUGGCAGCAGCCUGUGGUGGAAUCAUCUACUUCACCCUCUACUUGCCCUAUGUACUUUGUGUUGCCUGGCAAGACUACGUGGGAUACGGAGCCAAAAUUGUUGUGAGCCUGCUGUCUCCGGUAGCUUUUGGAUUUGGUUGUGAGUACUUAUCCCUAUUUGAGGAGCAAGGUGUGGGAAUCCAAUGGUCCAACUUGCUGGCAAGCCCCCUGGAGGAGGACAGCUACAAUCUGACCACCUCCAUCUGUCUCAUGCUCUUUGACGCUGCGCUCUACGGAAUCAUGACAUGGUACAUUGAAGCCGUGUUUCCUGGCCAGUAUGGAAUUCCCAGGCCUUGGUAUUUCCCUUUCACCAAGACAUACUGGUGUGGCGAGAAACAGAACAAGAACAUAUCGACUCCAUUGUCCAAGAAAGGAAAUGCUGAUGCCAUUUGCAUAGAGGAGGAGCCAAACCACAUAGACCCAGGUGUUUACAUUGAGAAUCUGGUCAAGGUUUACAGUCACGGAAACAAGCUGGCAGUGGAUGGUCUCUCUUUGAGAUUCUAUGAAGGACAGAUUACGUCCUUCCUGGGACACAAUGGCGCCGGCAAGACCACAACAAUGUCAAUCCUAACAGGGUUAUUCCCACCCACUUCAGGAACAGCCUACAUUUUAGGCAAAGACAUUCGUUCAGAGCUUAGUACCAUCAGGCAGAAUCUGGGUGUCUGCCCACAACACAAUGUGCUUUUCAGCAUGUUGACGGUAGAAGAGCACAUCUGGUUCUACGCUCGCCUGAAGGGACUUCCUGAGGAGAUUGUGAAAGCCGAGAUGGAACAAAUUGUAAAUGAUGUCGGAUUGCCUCAUAAGCGAAAGUCACGCACCAGCACGCUCUCUGGUGGAAUGCAGCGGAAGUUGUCAGUGGCCUUGGCUUUUGUUGGGGGCUCAAAGGUUGUUAUCUUGGAUGAACCCACAGCUGGUGUCGACCCUUAUGCACGCAGGGGCAUUUGGGACUUGCUUCUUAAAUACCGACAAGGCCGCACCAUCAUCCUAUCCACCCAUCACAUGGAUGAGGCCGACAUUCUCGGUGACCGCAUCGCCAUCAUCUCCCACGGCAAGCUAUGCUGUGUAGGGUCCUCGCUCUUCCUGAAGACUCAACUGGGCACUGGCUACUAUCUGACUCUGGUCAAGAGAGAUUACGACCUAGCACUGCAGUCCUGCCGGAAUUCUGCUAGUACUGUCUCUUACAGCAAAAAAGCCGAGAAGGAGGAUAGUGUGUCUGAGAGCAGUUCAGAUGCAGGCCUUGGCAGUGAACCAGAGAGUGAAACCACCACCAUUGAUGUUUCCCUCAUUUCCAACGUGAUAUUCAAGCACGUGUCAGAGGCUCGACUGGUGGAGGAUUUGGGUCACGAACUUACUUAUAUCUUGCCCUACCAGUCAGCUAAAGAUGGAGCCUUUGUGGAGCUCUUCCAUGAACUUGACGACCGCCUCACCGACCUGGGAAUAUCAAGCUAUGGAAUAUCUGAUACCACUCUAGAGGAAAUUUUCUUGAAAGUAGCUGAGGACAGUGGAGUUGAUUCUGUAGAACUUUCAGACGGAGUAGUGCCUACGAGACGUCGCCGACAUGCGUUCGGAGACCAUCAGAGCUGCUUGAAGCCCUUUACUGAAGACGACUUUGAUUUUAAUGACUCUGAAGAGUCCCGGGAGACUGACUGGCUUAGUGGCAGUGAUGGUAAAGGCUCAUACCAAGUAAAAGGCUGGAGUCUGAAGCGACAGCAGUUCGUGGCAUUACUCUGGAAAAGAUUCCUCUAUGCUCGGCGGUCCAGGAAAGGCUUUUUUGCACAGAUUGUUCUCCCAGCUGUGUUUGUAUGUAUUGCAUUGGUGUUCAGCUUAAUUGUACCUCCAUUUGGAAAGUACCCAAACCUUGCUCUGCAGCCAAGCAUGUAUGGAGAACAAUUUACCUUUGUCAGUAAUGACAUACCUGAUGAUCACACCAACAAACUACUAGGAGCUUUGACAGACAAACCAGGAUUUAGAUCAAGCUGCGUGGAAGGAGAGUCCAUUUUGGAUAAUUCGUGUACCUCUGUGGAGGAUGAGUGGACGACUCCAGAAGUGCCUCAAAGUGUGAAAGACAUGUUCGACAAUGGCAACUGGUCCAUGGAGAAUCCAUCACCUCUGUGUGAGUGCAGCUGCGAAGGGCGCAAAAGGAUGCUACCCGAAUGCCCAGCUGGUGCAGGGGGCCUUCCACCUCCACAGAUGAAACUCAGUGACAAAGAAACACUUCAGAAUUUGACGGGAAGAAAUGUGUCAGAUUAUCUGGUGAAGACUUACGCUCAGAUCAUUGGCAAAAGCCUCAAGAACAAGAUUUGGGUGAACGAAUUUAGAUACGGCGGCUUCUCACUCGGCGCCAGGGGCUCUCAGCUUCCAGCUCAGAGAGAGGAAAUCGAUGGAGCAAUCGCUCAACUGCGGCGGCGCUUCCGUCUAGAAAGGGGAACUUCAGCUGAUCGUUUCUUCCGCAGUCUUUCCAACUUCAUUCAAGGAUUAGACACCAAAAAUAAUGUCAAGAUCUGGUUCAACAACAAGGGUUGGCACAGUAUUGGCUCCUUUCUAAAUGUGAUGAACAACGGCAUUCUCAGAGCAAGUUUACCAGCUGGCAAGGACCCUGCCAAGUUUGGUAUCAAUGCCUAUAAUCAUCCCCUCAACCUUACCAAAGAGCAGCUGUCACAAGUUGCUUUAAUGACCACAUCGGUGGAUGUGCUGGUGUCAAUCUGUGUGAUCUUCGCCAUGUCAUUUGUACCUGCUAGCUUCGUCGUCUUUCUCAUCCAGGAGAGGGUAAACAAGGCCAAACACUUGCAGUUUAUCAGCGGAGUGCAACCUUUUCUCUACUGGCUGGCCAAUUUUGUGUGGGAUAUGUGUAACUACAUUGUCCCUGCCACGCUAGUUAUCAUUAUCUUCAUCUGCUUCCAACAAGAUGCUUACGUCUCUUCCACCAAUCUGCCAGUGCUAGCCUUACUGCUGCUGCUGUACGGAUGGUCCAUCACACCUCUUAUGUACCCAGCCUCAUUCUUCUUUAAGAUACCCAGUACAGCCUAUGUGGUUCUGACCAGUGUCAACAUACUGAUCGGAAUAAACGGCAGCGUGUCCACAUUUGUGUUGGAGCUGUUUGGAGGCAAUGAGAUUGGUGGUAUCAAUGACAUCCUGAAGAACGUUUUCCUCAUCUUCCCUCACUUCUGUCUGGGGCGAGGAUUGAUUGACAUGGUGAAGAAUCAAGCAAUGGCUGAUGCUUUGGAGAGGUUUGGGGAAAACCGUUUCCGUUCUCCUUUGGCCUGGGACAUGGUUGGAAAGAACCUGUUUGCAAUGGCUAUUGAGGGAGUCAUCUUCUUCUGCAUUACCGUCCUCAUUCAGUACCGCUUCUGCAUCAAGGCCAGGUCAUCAUCCAGUCACCUCAAGCCAAUUGGAGAAGAGGAUGAAGAUGUCGCUAGAGAACGACAGAGAAUUCUCAGCGGAGCGGGACAAUCUGACAUUUUGGAGCUCCGUCAGCUCACAAAGAUUUAUAAGCGGAAACAGAAGCCCGCCGUGGACCGGCUCUGUGUCGGCAUUCCUCCAGGCGAGUGCUUUGGCUUGCUGGGAGUCAACGGAGCAGGGAAAACUAGCACGUUUAAAAUGUUGACAGGCGAUUCAGUGGUUACCAGUGGAGAGGCUUACCUCGCAGGCAAAAGUGUAAACACAGAAAUAGAUGAAGUGCAUCAGAACAUGGGCUACUGUCCGCAGUUUGAUGCAAUCAAUGACUUGCUGACGGGACGCGAGCACCUUGAGUUUUACGCCAUUCUCAGAGGUGUUCCAGAGAAGGAAGUGUGCGAGGUGGCAGAGUGGGGCAUUCGCAAGUUGGGGUUGGUCAAGUAUGUUGACAAAUCAGCAGGUAGCUACAGUGGAGGCAACAUGAGGAAACUGUCCACAGCCAUUGCACUGAUAGGAGGCCCACCUGUCGUUUUCCUGGAUGAACCUACAACAGGCAUGGACCCGAAGGCACGGCGUGCCUUGUGGAACGCCAUACUUAGUAUUAUUAAAGAGGGACGAUCUGUCGUCCUGACCUCCCACAGCAUGGAGGAGUGUGAAGCACUUUGCACCAGGAUGGCCAUCAUGGUCAAUGGCAGGUUCCGCUGUCUGGGGAGUGUCCAGCAUCUAAAAAACAGGUUUGGAGAUGGUUACACCAUCAUCCUGAGGGUAGCCGGGCCAGAUCCAGACCUCAGGCCAGUGAUGGAGUUCAUCGAGCAAGAACUGCCAGGCAGUACACUGAAGGAGAAACAUCGCAACAUGCUUCAGUACCAACUGCCCUCCUCCCUCACCUCCUUGGCACGCAUUUUCUCCCUGCUGGCCACGAACAAGGAGGCACUCAGGAUAGAGGACUACUCUGUCUCUCAGACCACGCUAGACCAAGUGUUUGUAAAUUUUGCCAAGGACCAAAGUGACGAGGACCACUUAAAAGACGUCCACCUGAGCAAACGAGACGCGGUGGUGGUGGACAUUUCCCAGCUCAAUUCUUUCCUCAUGGACAACAAAACCAGAGAGAGCUGUGUCUGAUUCCAGCAUGCCGCCAGUGGGUGUCGCUACCACCACAGAUAUAAUCUGACCCACAAACCCUUAAACGGGAGAAAGACUUUAUUCUGUUGUUAUUUGUUUUUUUAUUUUAAACUUCAGUGGACCUGCUGUUAAGUGCACAGCCUCUCAAGAUAUGAUUAGGCAGAGACUGCAGGUAUUGUGGAACACACUGAACUCAAUGCAAAUCAAUGCAAGAAAUCUAUAUAUUUAAUAUGAGAGGACACUCGCGUGAGAGUUGGAGACUGGUGCUUCUCCUUCACUGUGGAAACGUCGUCAUGCUUCUGUUGACUGGAAAGGUAGCCGUGCUACUCUCUCAAAGGAAGUCUAAUUGAAAGCCCGUUCCCAAAAAAACAAGAAUGUUCAAUGUAUCAUUCACUGCCAACUUCAAAUGGAUUUAAAGGACUUCAAGACCUUUUUCAGGGUCAGAUCUCUUCGUUACCGGAAACAGUUUUAUAAUGCAAGAUGUGACUCAAACAGUUAAACACAUUUCAAGGGAGGAACCCAAAAUUUUGUGACACUUUUUGUAAUUUGAUUUCAUUUACUUUUCUUUGGAAAAGCGUUAGCAUUCUUUUUUUUUUCUUUUUUUUUCCCAAUUUCUGGUUCCUCGUGUCAUGACUUAGUUCAUCAUAGUGCCUAUUGUGUAUGGUGGAUGGGGAAGACAUGCGAGCACUCCAUUAACAAUGACGUAUAUAUAGGCUGGAAAGGGAUGUAUAGUAAAGUAAUAAGACCAUUUGACAAAGCACAAAAACUGUUUUUCCUGUGGCGAAAAAUGAUUCCUUCCUUGUUUAAAAGAACAAAAAAAUGUUGUUUCUUAUUGUCGGUACAUGAUGUGCGGUCUGUUAUAAUGACAUCAUUUUAUCCACACCUGUUAGUUUGGUGGGUGAGUAAUAUGGACCUUGAAAUGUUGACGAUGAAAAUGGUGAUAUUGUAUGUUCUCCUUUGCCUAUACGCACAUGAAAGUGGCGUUUUGUGAGGAUGGCAAAACUUGUUGUUACUAAAACAUUACGCGAACGAGCGCUCAAUCGAAAUAGGGAAAGUGAUUACGUGGAUGGCGAAAAUGUGAGAGAUAGCACUCGUACUGUACAUGCUGGUUGUACUUCUGCUUUCCUUGUGAUGGAACUAAAGGUAGUCAAUGUUAUGUACAGUAUAAAUAAUGUGUUGUUCACACAAAAUUAAGCAACAUCCAGUUCUGUGCCAAAAUGAGUUCAACCAGCAGAAUACCGACGAGGCAACCGUUUUGUACAAUUUAAGCUGUGCUUUCAUGUAAUUUUGUUUUCCCAUUAGGUCAGUUGAAGCAAAUUUCAACAUGUUACUCUACAGUGAAAAGUUGCCAAACAAAUUAUUAAAUGUCCUGUCACGACUGGACACAGGGACCACUAUUAUUGAAUUAGUGCUCUGACCAAAUAUAUAGAAUUCUAUCAAGAGUUGAAAUGAAAAACUGGUGCUCAAUGUUCAGUAAAUUUUUGAGAAAGGGUGUCAAAACAGCUCUGAAAGUGCUGUUGCCAACCCAUAGGAUGGCUUAGAGACAGUGACGAGUACACCAAAAAGAAAUGUGAUGCAUCAAAACUUCAUUUUGACAGAUGAUCUCAGCAGUAUUUGACAGGGAAGUCGAAUUGUAAUCAGUGUAACAGAUCGAACCAAUGUGGUGAUUUCUCUUUUGCUCAAUAUUAUUGUUUGUUUACAUUUUCUCAAGUAUUAAAAAAGUUGUUGAGUCUGUUACCCAUUGUGUACAGUAACUAUUGAAAUAAAGUUCAUACAUUUGGGGGAAAAAA